AUGCCAACACAGCAGCCUCCUCCGCAGGAAUAUGCUCGUGUGAUACUGAUCAUUAUCCUACUCUUCUUCCUCUACACAUCUCCAGACCAAGGCCCGCCUCCGGGCUUCCAAUCGCCUCGCGAUUAUGCCACCCACAGAAUCGAUCGUUUCCGACACGACCUCGAUAUCUUAAAUACUACAAAGUGGGGGGAUUUCGCACCGAAGACUGCGCCUGGUUCCAAAAAUGAAGCAGCAAAAUAUCUGAACCUCACAGGUUUCCGGGAAGAGGACGAUUAUGCAUGGGAGAGACUGGAUGCUUUUAAGAAGAGAAGCUUGGAAUUCACCGAGGAAGCGAAGCUAGGCAGCUCGUGGAAGGACCCCAGCAGUGGAGAAAUCGGCGAUGUCUACCAGAAUGCCACGGGCGUUGUAAGGGGGAGGUGGACGAGACACACGGCAGAUCUCAAUGGGCAGCCGCGGGAGAGAGUUAUGAACUUGACAGAAAUAUCGCCCGUCACUAACUGGGCUUUUCGGGACGAGGAAUACUGGCUCAGGAAUAUCACAGGCACUGAGGGCAAGCUGAUGAUGCGACUAGAGGAAAGAGGGGAAGAUAUGGACGUCACGGAGGAUACGCCAGAUGACCUUUCGCUGCCUGUCAAACCUGCGAACAUUGUGAGAGAGGUAGCGGCGACUGUAACAAUCCAGGACGAGAGUAGUAGCGGUGAUGGGUGGGACAUGAAGGUCCAUGGAGCCCACUGGCCAAAACAAGGAGUUAUGCUUUUGACAACUACCAGUGAGAAAUUCGCCGGUGUUUUUGGGCUACCGCAUCUGACUCUGGAUUCCAAUCAAUUUCUCGCGAGCCAGAGACUAUUCAACAAGACCCUGGGAGCAAAAGUUGGAAGUCUCCUCGAGAAGACAUCCUGGAACGACCUGGGCAAUCCAUGGACCUCGAGCCCAGAUAGCGCCGGUGACUCUACGAUGCCAACUCCGCACUGCGAGUAUGUAGUAUAUAUUCAACUCUACCCCAUGAACGUGUACCAGGGAGCAGGUGGACCCUACUUUGACCAAUCAACUAUUGUUGAUCGAAUCGAAGAAGAACUUCGAUUCCCGAAUGGCGCCCCUAUUCCGCCCGCUCCGGGACUCAAGAUGUCAACAGUGAUAUUCUCUCCGGAUUGUGGCUUCAUCCUCGAGUCGAAAGGACCUCCGAAAUUUGCAGCUGUCGACGGGACCCACCUCAACGGCAAGAAGCAGGAGAUAUAUCUGUUUGAUGUUAAGCAGGGCCUCCAUGCUUUGACUGCUACAAUGUUUGGACAGAUUCUGCUCUUAAAGAUGCAGUCGAAGGAAGCAUCCACUCCAUCUACCGUUGGUCGGGUUAGUCUCUUCACGAUUGCAAUGAUGCUGAUGGCGGAUGCUAUGUUAUUUUCUAGCUUGUCGCUUUUGACUGUCACCGCACCAAAUAUUUUCCCCGCCGCACUUUUGACAGCGUUUGUAGCCUUAAUGUCACUGGGAAUAGGGAUACGCUUCGUGUCUGCGGUCUACACAGUCCAGGAGCCCGAAAGAAGGGAACGGCUGCGAGCUCAACAAGCAGCCGAAGCAGCAAACGCUCCUACAAGAACAGCUACAGCCCUGGGUUCUGCCCCCCUACCGAAUCCUAUCAUUACCGCUGCCGGUCCAGAUGUGCCGCUUGUAACGCCUGCAGUCACACCAACUCCUACUCGUAUAGAGGCACCUAUCAUCAUUCCAUCAGAUCAAGACAUCGAUGCUGAAAUAGAGGAGAAUCUGAGCGCGGCCGCCUCGGCAUCCCUUCUCCCAACAGCGAAUAGUCCAGCAACUACUCAGACUCCACCAAGGACCACUUCCAGCUUUGGCGUUGUCUACAUGAAGUUCGUGCUGACCUCGACAUUCCUCCUCUUCCUCACUGUGUCAUCCGUCUCCUGGUCUGUUCCCAUUCGUACUGCUUUCAUAAAUUUGCUCUCGUUCACGUAUCUAUCUUUCUGGGUGCCCCAGAUCCGGCGGAACGCCGUCCGAAGCUGCCGUAAAGCACUGCUGUGGAAGUUUAUCAUCGGCCAAUCAGUCCUACGCUUGCUACCUUUCGCCUAUUUCUACCUGAGGGAGGACAACAUUAUGUUUGCUGAAACAGACUGGAAAGCAUUUUGUGUACUGGUAGGCUGGGUUUGGAUCCAGAUCUGGGUCCUAGUUGGGCAGGAAGUGCUAGGUCCCAGAUGGGGCCUACCGCAUGGCUGGUAUGAGCCCGGAUGGGACUACCAUCCCAUUUUAAGCGAAGACAAUGUCGAAUCUGGUGGGCUACCCAUUGGGCUUGUGCAGAUUCCAGGUUCGCCGUCUCUUGAACGAGUAGCGACUGGCGAGAGUGGAGACAUGGAAAGCAGGAAAAAGCAAGAUGACACUGUGAGAAUUGUUGAUUGUGCCAUCUGUAUGCAAAUACUGGAAGUGCCGGUCGUGGCUGCUGGCGAGGAUGUCACUGGCUCUGGGGCUGCUGGUGGCGUUGGGGGGAUGUUGGCUCGAAGGCAGUACAUGGUUACGCCUUGUAGGCACAUAUUCCACACUGCUUGCUUGGAAGGCUGGAUGAGGUUCCGGCUACAGUGCCCGAAUUGUAGGGAGAAUUUGCCGGCUCUGUAG